AUGCCGCUCCACGCCGACCUGUGUACAAUACUGCAAAACGCCUCUCGAGCACGUCUUCGCUCCAUCCCCAUCGCCUCCACCAAGGACAAUCUCUCCAUCCUCUCCAUCCUCCUGCAACAUGGUUUCAUCCACAAUGUGGUGCGUGGAACACAAACAGGCCCUUCUCCUGUGUCAUAUACCUCGGCAAGCCCGGCAGCACGCCGGCUGUGGGUCGACCUCAAAUUCCGACCCGACGACCGACCGGUGUUGGAGAAGAUGAAUGUAGUCUCGAAACCGUCGCGCAAACUGACGAUGGACAAGGACGAGCUGCUGAGGCUCGCGACGGGUCGUAGGGCCAAGUUCGUCAAGCCGUUGGAUAUGGGUGAGAUUGGGAUCGUGGAUUGCGGCAAGACUGGGUGGUGGGAGGUGAGGGAUGCUAUUCGUCGUGGAUAUGGUGGAGAGGUUGUUGCUCGUGUGUCCUAA